UAAACUAUGUUGAUAUGCAUCACGCUCUCACCUCUCUCCUCUUUUGGCGAUUAGGGUUUGACAGUGUAGCCGCUGCCGGCGAGCCUCACGCUCGCUGGUGAGAAUCUCUUCUCCUUUCUCCCUCCUCUUCCUUUCUUCUUCCUCUUUGCUUUCUGAUGAUGGGUCUUUUGGUUUGUGAUUCGGAGUUAUUUUCUCCAGAUCUGCCAGCCUCCCCUUCUGCUACAGGAUCUUCCUCUGAUGUUCAUGGUGGCUCUGAGUUUCUGAGCCCGCCAGACCCACCGGACCCUCCAGAUCCACCGGAUUUGGAUUUUGACGGUAACUCAAUUACGGCAGUAUGCAGUCUCAUCUACUGGUCUUCCCCGGCUCCUUCUAAGGCUAUCAGUUUUGCAGGGAGCAUUGUGUCGUCAAUGGAAGUCUUCCGUUUCAUUAGUUCGUGUACGAACUCGUAUUCGGAUACUCAAGACUCACCGGUAUUACAAGGUUUUACCUCCCGGAUUUAUGACCUCUCUGCCUUUGUUGCAGUGUGUCUAACCCUUUUGGUUGCACUAGUUGUGAUCAUAUCAAUGGGUAUCUCUAAGCUUGUCUACAAGGUAGACUGUCAAGAACUCACUAACCUUCUUUCAGAGAGUUGGUCAUUCGAUGUUCACCGGAUCUUACUCGCUAUUCGAUCCCUUAUCUUUUCCUUUGUUGCUUUAUAUGCUCAUUUUUCUUGUUGUUGUGCUUAUGUUAUGGCAAACUCUUUGGCUUGUGAUGCCUUCCUAUGUUGUAACACCUCCUCCGCUAAUGGAAUUCUAAACGUUUAAGUUAA